UUCCCCUUCUUCUUUUUUCCCCCUCUCCCUCCAUUUCACGUGCGUGUCGUCGAGCGUGUGGACGGGUCAUCAUGGCGUCAAACGCCACCACGAAGUUCUUCGCUCUCUCGCAGUCAUUCAGCGUUUCUGAUAUCAUCGUGAUCGGCGCAUAUUUCCUGCUCAACGUUGCUGUCGGAAUAUGGUCAUCUUGCAGAGUAAGCAGAAACACUCUUAGUGGCUACUUCCUGGCUGGCAGAGACAUGGCCUGGUGGCCGAUCGGAGCGUCUCUGUUUGCCAGUAGUGAAGGAUCGGGACUGUUUAUCGGUUUGGCUGGCACUGGGGCAGCAGGAGGCAUCGCUGUGGCAGGGUUCGAAUGGAACGCAACCUAUGUACUGUUGGCCCUGGCCUGGAUCUUUGUCCCAGUGUAUGUGUCCUCUGGGAUUGUCACGAUGCCCGAGUAUCUGGGUCGGCGGUUUGGCGGAGAGAGAAUUCGCAUGUACAUGUCAGCUCUCAGUCUGAUGUUAUCCGUGUUUACCAAAAUCUCAACAGACCUGUAUUCUGGGGCCCUGUUUAUUCAGGUGUGUUUGGGUUGGAAUAUUUACCUCUCCACCGUCCUCAUGCUGGUGGUCACAGCAUUUUACACUAUUGCAGGUGGUUUAGCUGCUGUGAUAUACACCGACACACUCCAGACCUUCAUCAUGAUCAUCGGCGCAGUCAUCCUCACCAUAACAGCAUUCAACAAGAUUGGUGGUUACGGCAAUCUGGAGAGUGUGUACCUCCAGGCCGUGCCAUCGAAGAUAAUCCCGAACACGACAUGCCACCUGCCACGGCCGGACGCCAUGCACCUCUUCCGAGAUCCAGUGCAUGGAGACCUGCCCUGGCCGGGAAUGACACUCGGAUUAACCAUCCUCGCCACCUGGUACUGGUGUACUGAUCAGGUGAUCGUGCAGAGGUCUCUUUCGGCAAAAAACCUGAGCCACGCUAAAGGGGCGUCGAUCUUCGCCAGCUACCUGAAAAUGCUCCCAAUGUUCUUCAUCAUCCUUCCUGGCAUGAUCAGCAGGGCGCUUUACCCAGAUUCAGUGGGCUGUGUGGAUCCUGAGGAAUGUAGGAAGGUGUGUGGAGCAGAGGUCGGCUGUUCCAACAUCGCUUUUCCCAAACUGGUCAUCGAGCUCAUGCCUAGCGGUCUGCGCGGUUUAAUGAUCGCGGUCAUGAUGGCCGCCCUGAUGUCCUCGCUGACCUCCAUCUUUAACAGCAGCAGCACUCUGUUCACCAUGGACAUCUGGAAGAAGUAUCGCAGAGGAGCCAGCGAGAAGGAGCUGCUGCUAGUCGGCAGGAUCGUCACGGUGAUCCUCGUCGUCAUCAGCGUGGUUUGGAUCCCGAUCCUCCAGAGCGCCAACAGCGGACAGCUCUACGUUUACAUCCAAUCGGUGACCAGCUACCUGGCACCUCCCAUCACUGCCAUAUUCAUCAUGGCAGUGUUCUGGAAAAGAACCAACGAGGCGGGAGCGUUCUGGGGUCUGAUGGUGGGUCUGACUGUCGGAGUCACGCGGAUGGUUCUGGAAUUUGCCUUCCCGCCCCCUCGCUGUGGCGUCUUCGACCCUGCGCCGCCGGUCCUGCGGAGCGUGCACUAUCUGCACUUCGCCAUCAUCCUCUGCGCCAUCACCGUCGUCGUCACCGUCACCAUGAGCCUUCUCACGCCGGCACCCUCCGAGGAACAGAUUCAUAACCUCACCUGGUGGACCCUCAGGCGCAACGUUGACAGGGAUAUACCGCUACAGAAAGUAUCAACGCUGACUCGGAGAACAGAAGGUUGCGAACCCGUGCGCAGAGGGAAGUGCGUGCGCACCGCCGGCUUUUGUAGUCCUCGGCCUGGCCGUGGAGCUCCCGGGACUCCGCCUCCCGUGAUCCGGAGCAUGAGGGAAGACCCGUUUUGGUCACGCUUCUGCUGCGUCAAUGCUGUUAUUCUCAUGUGUGUUAAUAUAUUCCUUUAUGCUUACUAUGCAUAACACACCUACACACACGCCAACACACGCACACACACACACACACACACACGUUUAUAAGAUUAAACGGUCAGCUUUAUGGUUUGCAUCAUUUUAAAUACAUGCUUUUAUAUAACUGGAUUCAGAAAUAUAGAAAAUUCACAAA